GGUCUGUUUCCUUGGCGAACUGAAGUGAACUCCAGUUCCGCUGACCGAGUUGUGGGUCCGAGGCGGCCGCUCCCUCCGUCCCUCGCCGGCGCAGUCCGGCCCGAGCUGGAUAGAGGCAGCCCUGGGCGGGGUUUCCUUCAAGGAAGUCAAGGUUGAUUUGUUUGUUUUCCCCUUCCCACAGACUUAAACAACUUAAACGUUAAGCAGUACUGUGGUCUCAAAUCCCCAGGGAUUUCAGAAUGACUGACACCUCUGAAGCUAUUUCAAAUUUUGAAGAGAUGUUUGCGAGUAGAUUCACCGAGGAUGACAAAGAAUACCAGGAAUACUUGAAACGCCCCCCUGAGACCCCACCAAUUGUCGAGGAAUGGGAUAGCAGAGCUGGUGGGAACCAGAGAAAUAGAGGCAACCGGUUGCAAGAUAACAGACAGUUUAGAGGGAGGGAUAACAGACGAGGGUGGCCAAAUGACAAUCGAUCCAAUCAGUGGCAUGGACGAUCCUGGGGUAACAGUUACCAGCAGCACAGACAAGAACCUUAUCACCCCCACCAAUCUGGACACUAUGGUUACAACCAGCGGCCUCCUUAUGGUUACUACUGAUAGGAUGCCAGCAGCUUUUAGUAAAACGAUUUUCUUUGCUAACAUGACAAAA